AUGUUCGACAAGUUGUCAAACGUUGGCUGUGGCUUUUAUCAUCCUAGCGGAAAUGAAGUUAUAGUAAAUUCAGCAGUGUGGGAUCUUCGUACGUAUCGCUUGUUGCGUAUGGUACCAGCAUUGGACAAGUGCAGCAUUAAGUUCAAUCCGUCCGGUACCGUGCUCUUUGCUUACUAUCCUUAUGCUGGGGGAGACUAUUUGGAGCGCAGAAAAACUAAGCUAAAGUCUUGGUUUCGGGUAUUGGACGCGCGUGAUUAUAAAGACAUCACGACCAUUGAUUUAGGCCAUCCCGUGUUUGACCUCAGUCUGAAUACAAAGAGCACAUUGCUCUCUGUCGUAGAAGGACGCUAUCUGGAAGCUGGUGAUCUUGAAGACGAUGAUUCCAUCUGCCGUCUUUAUGACGUAGGCAGAAAACGCCCUGCUGAAGAUGAUUCCGAUGCAGAGGAUGGAGAAGAUGACUCAGAUACUCUGGAUGAUGAUGAGUAUGACGACGAAAAUUCCAGCGAUGAUGAUGAUGAAAUGGGGGGAGACAGGGACACCGACGACAGUGAGGAUUUAAUGUCUGAUGUUAGCUCUGACGAAGUCGACAGCACAAAUGAAGACGAAGAGGAUGAAGGCAGCGACGAGGAUGUGGCCUCGCUUAUUUUGGCUGAUGAGGAAAAUAGUGGUGAUGAAGAUGGAGAUGGGUCGAUUUUAUCCGCUCAGGAUCUUGGCUAUUUACUUGAUCCCCCGGAAACAACGUACUAUGAGGUGCACGGUCAGUACUCGAGCGACGAAGACGACGCUGACGAAGACGAAUAA